GUACCUACCACGUCCACACACACAUCCAUGCACGAACACAUACACACAUGCACAGCUUGACGGGGCCUCAGGGGUCGUGCGAGGGAAGACAGUCAAGGGGCGAGGCCGAAGGACGACAGGCGUGCGGAUCCACACAUGUCGGAUGGAUGCGCCAGGCGGGUUGGUCGGUCGGCCCGAUAUCGACCAAAGGCCGGGGAGGCUGGGCUGCAAAGCCGCCGUCAUCUGUCGGGGUGGUAGUGUGAGAGCGUUGCCGUCAGUCCGUGGCUAGCCCAGGGGAAGCGGGGCUGAUACGGGUGAGUGAGACGGACCCUCAUAUGCUCGGGACGGAUGGCCAGGCAGGUCGGUUGCCGGUGGCUUGAAUGAGAGCCUUGCCGGUAGGCCGAUAGCCUGGGAGGCGGCGCCGCAGGUGCCGCCGACGUCCGUUGAGCGGUGCUGAGAGGAACGUGGCCGUCUGUCUUCAGCUGGCGUGCCUGCCGACUGGGUGACCCGAUACAUACACAGACAGACAGACAGGCGGGGGCGAGAUCAGGUAGCUAGGGCCAGGGAAUGCCUCAGACAGGACAGACAGAUAGUCAGGACGUAUGCAAGACAGGGAGGGUUGGUCUGUGGCAGGCAUGUGACCCUUCUCUCUCUGCGAGGACGGAUCCGUUGAGCAUACCUUCCACGUCGAAUUGGACGAAGACUCGACCGCUGAUCCAUCCACAAUAUCAUCAAUUCACCGCCAAGACCACUCACCCAUAGCCAUCUGGACAGCUAUCAUUCUCCACGUGACGUGGUGUGUAGUGUGGAAUGCACAUCCCGAAUGAGGAGGAGGACGCACAGCAUAGCUAGCAGCGGACUCGUCCCUGUGACGUGACGGAUGGACACUCAAUGGGGAGUGGGUCGGAAGGAGAGGCCUUGGGCAGUGGUUGAAGGGACGAUCCCGAGCGAACGGAUAUGGUGCCGCCAUCUGAAGAGGACAGCACACCGACAAAGGACAGGGAGGGACAGACAGUGAAGGGGAUGAGUGAGGCGAGUGCGCCGCGAGGCGGGCAGGGCCAGUCGAGCGAGAGCGCUUGCCGAUUGUGCGUGUGGGAAGAGCGAUACGUGUACGUACCUCUGGCGAGGCUGCGAUAGCCCGAGGAGGCGUGUGUCAUCUUCUCGACCCAACACGGCGACUCGUGACGCACAUCUGACGGACAGAAGGGAUAGAACUAUCAGAUCGGCGAAAAAUUUGGGGUGGAAAUCGGGCCUCCCUGACCUAUUUACCCAUGUGCACAUUCGGUCGCGCGGUGACACUUGUCUCUUUGCGCAAGUCCAUCCAGAGU